CCCCCCGAUGCCUCCCCUCUUCAGGCUGAAAAAAGUUCGCAGGAGGCGGGAGAUGCUUCUGCAACAGCUGGGCUUCAUCUGCGCGAUCCUCUUCUUCGUGUGGUGCAUGUCCGCCCUGCUUUCUGAGACAGGGCAAGAGUCAAGUAUUGUUGACAAAAACCUUAUGUCGGACUCGUGGAGGAAUCGAAGAUUGAUGGCAUCAGAUAACGAGUCGCUUGACGAGGAUGAGCCGCUUGACAAAGAGAACUGCACACCACCAGCCAUUCAUGAAUUUCCUGAGGAUAUAUUCAUAAACAAGCAGAGACAGCAAGGAGCCGUGCUGCUUCAUAUCAUUGGUGCUCUGUAUAUGUUCUAUGCCUUGGCCAUUGUAUGUGAUGACUUCUUUGUUCCAUCUUUAGAGAAAAUUUGUGAGAAACUACAUUUGAGUGAAGAUGUUGCAGGAGCCACAUUUAUGGCUGCAGGAAGCUCAACCCCAGAAUUGUUUGCUUCAGUCAUAGGUGUGUUCAUCACUCAUGGUGAUGUAGGAGUUGGAACCAUUGUUGGUUCGGCAGUUUUCAAUAUCCUCUGCAUAAUUGGAGUCUGCGGCAUCUUUGCUGGACAGGUGGUCCGUCUAACCUGGUGGUCCGUGUGCAGGGAUUCAGUCUAUUACACUCUGUCUGUGAUUAUACUUAUUGUGUUUAUAUAUGAUGAGAAAAUCGUAUGGUGGGAGAGCCUUGUCCUCAUCAUUAUGUACUUGUUCUAUAUACUUAUAAUGAAGUACAAUGUGAAAAUGCAGAAGUUCUUCACAAUCAAAAGCAUGAAUGUUGGGAAUGGCAACACUGUCACCAGUGAACUGGAAGAUGGUAAUGAAUCUUAUGACAUUAGCUGUGAUGACCCGUCAAAGCCAUUGCUGUGGAAAGUAAAGGGAACGCAACCAUAUGGCCAAAACUCCGUGGUGAUGGUCGAUGAGAUAAUUUGUUCCAGUCCUCCGAAAUUCCGUUUUCCUGAAGCUGGCUUGCGAGUAAUGAUAACAAAUAAAUUUGGACCAAGGACCAGGCUACGGAUGGCGAGUCGGCUGAUUAUUAAUGAGCGCCAGCGACUGAUCCACUCCACCAAUGGCAAAGUGCUCCAGAAUGGAAAACAUGAAAAUAUUGAAAAUGGGGCCAUACAUGUUGAUAACCAAGAAGAGGCAAAUGAACAUAACAAUCUGUCUCCAUUUUCACCACCAGAAGGAAGAAUUAACAAGGUCAAAUGGGUUCUGACAUGGCCAUUGAUAGUCCUCCUUUUCUUCACCAUCCCAAACUGCAGCAAACCACGGUGGGAGAAAUGCUUCAUGCUGACCUUCAUUUUAUCUACUUUUUGGAUUGCUUUGUUUUCUUAUGUCAUGGUGUGGUUGGUUACGAUAAUUGGAUACACUCUGGGGAUCCCCGAUGUUAUCAUGGGUAUUACCUUCCUCGCUGCAGGAACCAGCGUACCAGACUGCAUGGCCAGUUUAAUAGUAGCAAGACAAGGACUUGGUGAUAUGGCUGUGUCCAAUACCAUUGGCAGCAAUGUGUUUGACAUUCUGGUGGGCCUUGGAGUACCAUGGGGCUUGCAGACUAUGGUUGUCAAUUACGGGACAGAAGUUAAGAUCAACAGCAAAGGACUAGUCUAUUCUGUUGUGCUCCUCUUAGGAUCAGUAGCUCUCACUGUGGCUGGGAUCCACUUAAAUAAAUGGAAACUUGACAAGAAACUGGGCUUCUGUGUCCUCUUUCUUUACGCCAUCUUCCUAUGUUUCUCGAUAAUGAUUGAGUUUAAUGUUUUCACUUUUGUGAACAUUCCAAUGUGCCGAGAAGAUGACUGAAACAUAGCACUGGUUGGAUGUCAUCUGGAUCCAUUUGCGCUACAAAUGACAGGAGCCAUUUGCAUAUCUGCCUGCUUCUUAUCCAAAAUCUGAGUGUCUUUCCUGCUCCAUCACCUUGCAAGCACAUUUCCUCAGCUGGCAAGGAAAACCAACAGUUCUUCAGACGACACACAAGCUCAAGGCAACCAAAGCUUUUUCUUCAUCUUCCUUUUGAGAUAUUAUUGCUCUGUCGUGCAGCUCUUUGGAUCUCUUGCAGAACUUGUAAAAGUGCAGUUUCAGCGAUAUCUCCGGCUGUGGUUUUCAAGUCUCUCUUUUUUAAGGCAGACAAUCAUUCAUCAGCAUCAGGUUUAAUAUGAAGACUGGAAGGAGAAAAAAGCAUCCUCUGCUUUUUGACAUUUACCUUUCCAAAUACUAGGAAAAGCAAGUGGGCGCAGCUUUUUUUUUUUUUCUUGUCUCAUUUAAAGCAUCUUAGCCAUGAGCUACAAGGAACUUUGACAUGCACUACUGAGGACUUUCCUUUCCCCCUUUCAAGUGCUCUGUUUAUAGACAACUUCCAGUGACACUGAGGGCUCUUUGGUGGUGCUUGAUAGUACUUUGUUAACUCUUUUUUAUUUAAAGAAAAGAAAAUAUGAAUGACACAAGUACAAUUGCACCAAGAACAAGGAAGAUGGAUAACACAGCACUUCAGAUGAUGUACACUAUCAUGUACAUUAUGGAACCUGAAAUAUUGUAAACUGGAUAUCCAUACUUGAAGAAAAAAAACAUUGUUUUACCACUGAUGAGGAACAAUCGCAAAUAUCGAGCAUGAUUAUAUAUGAAAUAUUAAGCUUGCAAGUCAAAACUUGUGCCAGCACCCAUAAAGCAUACUUUAUAAUUUUA